AGGCGCGACAUGAACGCCAUCAUCGGACUUCUUCUAGCAAUGAUAGCAGCGGUGGCAUCGUUUUCUAACAACGACUUCUUCGAGAGAUCAGUAAAAUGGAUCCCAUCGGGAGGAGCCGGCCUCGUCUCGGGUAGGGGUAACUUUAGGCCCGGAUUCACUGGAAGGGACUGGAGGAGCGCUCUAGCAGAACCAAACUUCAAGAAGAGAUCUGUGGCCUCUUAUUUCAACGACGACUACUAGAAACGCAGAAGAACCGAGGAGGGAGGAGGAAACAAUAUUCUGCUAUUAGUCUGAUCUCUACAUAAGCUCAUUCUAUGUUGAAUAAAAUGUUCGAUGUUACCGUAUACGAAAAGAUGUUUCGGUACUCAAUGUCACAGACUUUUUGCUUGCC